AAAAGUCAUCCCUUGAAAGGAGGUCGUGGUUCAGCAAGUUUGGUUUCAAAAUGCAAAUUAUGUAGCAGAGAAAAUUCAAUAGAUAUUUUGAAAGACACAAUAAAAUCCUAUGACAUUGAGGAUAACAACCAGAUGAAAACAAUUGUAGGGUUUGAGUGCCGAGGAAUGGAACCUGUUGAUUUCUCACCCAGGGUUGGGUUUGUUUGUUCUGGUGUUGAAUCAUCAUCUACUUUCCAAGUGGACUUGACGGAAAAGGAAUGGGUAGACUAUGAUGAGAAUCCACAGGAGUCUGUUGGUGUAUACGAAGUGGAGUGGAAAUUUGUCAAAUUAUAGAUUUUAGUAUUAAAAUAACAUAGCAAAAUUAUAAAUUUGUGAACAAGAUUUAUGUAUUAUAUAAUAUAAUGGCUAAAGCUAUUAUAUCUGAACUUAAGUGGAAUGUUGUCCUUCUUAAAAAUUUCUAAUAAAAUAGAGAAAGACAAAAUGUA